AUGAACAAAUCACACUUGGGAACGGCGGACAAUCCUCAAGAAGUGGUCACAGCCCAUGAUAUCGGACGUCUUGUGGAUGUGGUAAAUGUUGGAAAAGGAUUCCUAAGAUAUGUUGGACCAAUUCACGGGAAAGAAGGAUUAUUCUGUGGAAUCGAAUUACUGGAACCUAACGGAAAACAUGAUGGAUCCUUUCAAGGUGUUUCUUAUUUUAUCGCGACUCCGCAGCAUGGAAUAUUUGCUCCAAUAUUCCGAGUGACUCUCGAUGCGGAUGAACGUCCGAAACAGCAACCGCCACCGAAUCCAUCAAACCGUCUCUCACGAUCUGCUCUUCCGGCUCUCCAAUUACGCAAUCCGCUAACCCAAGGGCGUAAACCGGAAGACGAUGUGAUGUCCACUUCGGUUUAUAUUUCAUCCUCUGGUACUAAACCCAUUACAAUUCCAAAACAGUGCCGCCCGCCGGAGACUGAUCCAAUGCAAAUGUCCAUGUUUUCGGAUAUGAUGGACGGUUCGAUGGUUAGUCACAGGCACUUCUCGAACGGGUCCUGGAGUGAUAUUGGCGAAUCGAUGAUCACCUCGAAUUGCACUUUCACUGUUCGAAAAGGAGUGAGUUUAAAAAUUCAAAUCUUCAAAAAAAUGAAAAUGUUCCAGCCGCCAUUACCAAUGGACGAUGAUACGGAUCUGAUGAGUGUUCCGAUGGUUCAAUCAGUGUUCAAUAUUGAUAGAGAGGCAUUGCGAAGGGAAGAGCAGUUGCAAUCGUCUGUUGUGCUCGGCGAGUCGCGCAUCGGCGUCGAGCAUCUUCCGAUAAUAGAAGACGAGAACGAACUCGAGACGCCUCUCGUCGAGACGAGAACUCUGCCAAUUCCAAACGAUGUGAAUGCGAACUUAUCGAAAAAUCUCUCACCCACUAAUCCAUUCAUCCAAGACACACUGCCUCCUAUAUUGGAAACCCCAAAAGUGGAAGUUCGUGAAAAUGGAAACAUGGAUACUCCAACGUCACAACAAUCGCCGGCGGCUUCGGGUGGUUCAAUGGUAUCCCAGGAGAGCGAUUCCAGAAAAGAAGAGACGACAAAAAGUGACAAGAACCCACCUGUCCAACCUGUCAAACAACAGAAAAUGGAAGAGAAGGUUGAGAAACCAACAAAAAAGAAGGAUGAGCUACCAGCACCUCCACCACCACCAAAGUUCCCAGUCAAGGCGAAGGCACCGAGCAAGCAUCAAUUGAUGAUGGAGCAGUUGAAAGCAUCCAUCGAAGCAGAAAAAAAUAAACCAAAGAAAGAAGUGAAAAGUCGAGUUUCAUUGCUUCCACCACCAGCUCCAAAACCUCAGAAGGAGAAUAAAGAAGGCGGAGAAAUGACUGAAACCCCCCGAAGAUCUAUUUCAAAAACGCCGCUAAAAACCGUCAAUGCGAAGGCAAAAACAUCUCCAGCUCCACCAGUGGAGAGAGUGAAAAAGGAGAGAAAACCAUUGUAUACUCCUCCGCCGGCUAAAGAAAGAGUGGAAAAAGAGAAGAAACCACCGACAAAAGCCAUUGUGUCCCCUCCAUCAACUGGGGACAAAAAGCCAGUUGUAUCUUCGAUUCCAUCGACGUCUUCAGCUCCAAAGGGUACAUACCCAACGUCUUCGUUUGCUGGUGGAAAGAUUCAGGCGCCACGGAAGGCGUCGACGGCGUCUUCAGUGACGAAGAAAAAAAAGCCAAUAGAUGAGAAAGAAAAACUCGCCCGUCUGCAUGAAUCCAUUCGAGCAUUCGAUGCCAUUAUGAUAGUUAUGAGUCAACAGAAUGAAGCUAACGAAAAGAAAUUAGGACAUAUUAGUGAGCAAUAUGAAAAGAAGACGUCCGAGUUGGGAGAUUUGAAGAAGAUGCUCGAUGAGGCGAGGAGGAAGUUUGAAGCGGAUGUUGAGCAGAUGAAAAGUAACAAUCAACAAGUUAUUCGAAAUCAUGCAAAUACCGUCGAGAGUAUGCAGAAGGCUCAUGAGACUCAGAAUGCCGAAAAGAACAAGGAGUCUGAAAGAAACCUUGAAGACGAACGUGCCCGUCGAGAAGCCGAAAUCCUUGCCAUGAACAAUCGACACCAAAAAGUCGUUGCUUGUCUGGAUGAGAAAAUCGCAGAAGCUGAAAAACAAUGUGAACAACUUAGUGCUGAUAAGAAGACCCUUCAAGCAGCUCUGGCCAACGAUUGUGAUCAUAGAAAUCAGAUGUUGACGAAGGAGAUAUCAUCGCUUCAGACUGCUCUAGAAAUGAAAUCUGCAGAGAUGAAAGAUCUGCGGCAGAAGAAUCAGAAUCUGUCCCUACAAGUCGACGAAAUCCCGUUGAAAGAGUUGGAAAUCAGCAAAUGGAAGCACAAGUCAAAUGAGUAUAAGCAGAUGUUGGAUCAGAAGAUCAAUGGAGAGAAAAUCCUUGUCCAACAAAUUGAAGACCUUCGAAGGAAGCAAAUUCACGAUGAAGAGGAGAAGGAGGCGAUGAAGAGAAGCUUUGAUUUGAUGCAAUUCAAAUAUGAAAACGGAGAUGAUCCAAAUGUCACUAGUGUUAUGUCAGCGCCAAUGGAAUGUCGAUUCGGCACACCAACAAAAGUUCAAUUCCGAUCUCGAUCUUCUGCAUCCGGAAGUCGUCCGAUUUCCAUGGCAGCCAGCAACGGAGAUCAAAGACUUUCCACUUCCUCACAUCAUGACGAUAGUAUGAAUCGAUCGACUAUUUCCAUGUACACCAGCCACAUCCGCCUCCCUGAAAACCAUGCAGAUGACGUCAUUUAUGCUCCAGAUGAGAUUAUUUCUAGUAGGAGUGGCUCGAUUUCUCAGCGUCUCGCUAUCGCUAUUGAAGACGAUGGAGAGCCAAUUUUAAAAAGCGAAUCUCGGAACGCAUCGGAUUCUGGAAUUGGUCUAGUCAUGUGA